UCCUCUCUCGGCCUGAGUGGGAUGCCAGCUGCUCGGUUCAAACCCCUUCCGCAUUUUCCUGCAGCUCUCAGGCUGUGACGUGACGUGCUGACGGCGGGCUCGGCGCUGGAGAAGCUGCGGGCUGUUGCCUGUCUGUGUGUGUCAGCGCAGCUCGGAGAAGCUCGGCCCCUCCCUCCUUGCCGUCUCAACGGCCCGCCCCGCCGAGACAAGCUCCCGAUCGAGCCGGACCCGAGACUGGGGGGAACCCGAACGGCCUUGGCAGCGGGGGGAAAAACAGCCGCCUACCGAGAGCAAAUAACAGGACUGCUGUCAAACUGACAGAUGAAGUGCAAAGACCAUGGAUGGAGAUGUAACUGCACUUGAACUGCAUCCACAAGAGACCAAGGUGAUUUUUGAUGCAUCAGAAAACGAUGCCAACACCAGUGCUCUCAUCAACGGAGAUGAUAUCGUGGUUGAAGUGCAAGAAACUGUCUAUGUUUCAGAGGUGGUGUGCUCGGAUGUGACAGUCCACAGCUUAGCCCCUGAAGACCUGGACACAGUGGUGAUCCAGGAUGCCAUCGAGGAUGUUGUUGCAGAGUAUGUGCAGGCCAGCCCGCAGGCAGAGGAGCCUGAAACAGUUCCCGAGGGGGUGUUGGACACAGACGUCACCGCGGAGGUCUCUUUGGAUCCCUGUCCAGUACCAGAAGAUGCUCUGUCUCCCGAGGUCAUUGCCUCCGCACAGGAGGGUGCUCUGGAGACCCAGUCCAUGCACUUGACUGAGGUGGGGGCUGUAGAAGGUGUUGCGCAUGCCAACAGCUCUGCAGCAGACAUCCCCGUGGAUGAGCUGCAAGUGGACAUCGUUCCUGAAGAAGUUCUGGUGACAAACUGUUCCUCCGAGGCUGUGAUUGACGCCGAUGGGAUUCCAGUGGAGGACCAGACUAGCUGCGAGGAUUUCUUGAUGAUUUCUUUGGAUGAGCAUGGUAAAAUUGUACAGGAUGAAAAUGGAGAGAUGUCCAUGGAUACAGGCAUGUCAGAACACAACGACCCCUCGAAAGAAGACAGCGCCGAAGUCAUUAAGGUCUACAUCUUUAAAGCUGACUCUGGAGAAGAUGACCUUGGCGGUACAGUUGAUAUAGAAGAGAGUGAAAAUGAUAAUGGAGUGGUGGAGUUACUGCAACAGGCAGGCAUUGGCUGUGCCUCCAGAGAGAAGAUGGUUUAUAUGACAGUAAAUGACUCCCAGCAAGAAGACCUCAACGUUGCUGACAUUGCUGAUGAGGUGUACAUGGAGGUGGUAGUCGGAGGGGAGGAGGCGGUGGCGCAUGAACGAGAAUAUGACAGCUCAGCCCUCAGCAAAGACUACAUGCCUGUAGCAUGGGCGGCUGCAUACGGUCAUGAUGAAAGUGAGGCUGUUGAGAACAGGCACGGUGCUGCUAGUGCGCUCCUGCACAUCGAUGAUUCUGUGAACACAGAGAAGCUGGGGAAGCAGAAGAGCAAGAAGAGGAAGAGAGUCGACACCAGGCAGUUCCAGACAGUUAAGACGCCAAACCAUCAGCAAAUCUACAAUGGCAGAAGUAGAGCAGCUAUUAUUAUUGGCCCUUACGGACAGCCGUUGACAGUCUACCCUUGUGUCAUUUGUGGAAAGAAAUUUAAAUCCAGAGGAUUUCUUAAGAGGCACAUGAAGAACCAUCCUGAAAUCCUAAACAAAAAAAGAUACCAGUGCACGGACUGUGACUUCACGACCAACAAGAAAGCCAGUCUGCAUAAUCACAUGGAGAGUCACAAGCUCACGAGCAAAGUGGAGAAAGCCGUCGAGUGCGACGAGUGUGAGCAGGAGUUUCCACACGCGGGUGCAUUGUACACCCACAAGAUGGUUCACAGGGAGAAGGCAACCACUAAGAUGCACGUGUGCAAAUUCUGUGACUACGAAACAGCAGAGCAGGGCCUGCUGAACCGGCACCUCCUGGCCGUGCACAGCAAGAACUUUCCUCACAUCUGCGUGGAGUGCGGGAAGGGUUUCCGCCACCCUUCAGAGCUCAAGAAACACAUGAGAACACACACUGGAGAGAAACCGUACCAGUGCCUUUACUGCGAGUACAAAUCUGCCGACUCAUCCAAUCUUAAAACACACGUGAAGACUAAGCACAGCAAAGAGAUGCCGUACAAAUGCGAGCGCUGCUUCCAGACCUUCGCGGAGGCAGAGGAACUCCUGCAUCACACCCUCACUCAUGAAGAAGGCAAAACCCACCAGUGUUCGCACUGUGACCACAAGAGCUCCAACUCCAGCGAUUUGAAAAGGCACGUCAUCUCGGUUCAUACCAAGGACUAUCCGCACAAGUGCGACGUGUGCUUCAAAGGGUUUCACCGCCCCUCCGAGCUCAAGAAGCACAUGACGUCACACCGGAACAAGAAGGUGCACCAGUGCCGGCACUGCGACUUUAAGAUCUCCGAUCCGUUCGUCCUGAGCCGCCACAUCCUGUCUGUGCACACCAAAGACCAGCCGUUUGCGUGCAAGCGCUGUAAAAGGAGCUUCGGGCAGCGGAAUGACCUGAAGAAGCACGUCAAGGUCCACAGAGGCAGGCGGAUGUACCAGUGCCAGUACUGCGAUUACAGCACGGCCGACGCGUCGGGAUUCAAGAGGCACGUCAUUUCCAUCCACACGAAAGAAUAUCCCCACCGCUGCGACUACUGCACUAAAGGCUUCCGGAGACCGUCUGAGAAGAACCAGCACAUCAUGAGGCAUCAUAAAGACAUGGUGUCAGCAGAGUGAUGGGGCAGGACACCAGUGCUGGGAACCGCCCUCUCGUUCUGUUAAACCUUAAGGACAUUUCAUUGUUGUUUAAAUGUUAAAUCCUUUCUUUGUUCUUCGGUUGUCAAUUUUAGAUUGUAGUGUCUCCUGUGUGUUACCUGCCCUAUGCGAUUGUUUUGUUUUUAAAUACACUUUUUUUUUUUUUUUUUUUUUUUUUUAUUUGAAGCAUACAGAUUCAAACAAUACUUUGAAUCCUAUGAUUGCAAAUUAUUACAUUUUUUUUUUUUUUUUUUUUUUUUUUUUAAAUAUCCUUAGCUGUGUUACAACUUCUGUUGUAAGGAUUACCGUGUCGGACUGUUGCUUUAUCUUGAUUAGCUAGUAAACUCAACGCAAGCACUUAACUGUCAGCAGGUAAGGCCAUUGUAUCUCUCAGGGCCCUGCUGUUUCCAGAAGUCUCUGCUUCAUACAUCAUUACCACAAGUCCUUUCCUGUGGACACCACUGUUCAUAUUUAGGUGUGAGCUAACUCUGAUUUCUCUUGGCUUAACACAUUCAGUGUAAAGGGCAGUGGAUUAAAAACAGUCCUGUCCUGGAUGAGCAUGUUUUUAAAUAGGAAGCGAAUAUUUAUUGGUUUUGUUAAAUAGCAAUAUCAGGGAUUGAGGCUUUUAAAUCAUUUGCUUAUAGCAUUAUUAUAUAUUGAUGGUUUCCACCUCAUGACAACUUGAACAACAUCAAACAUCCAAUUGUUUGGAUGGAACACAGAGUUUAUUUGAGCUGUUCCCUUAAAUAAAAAAGUUGUCUGUUGUCCUUAAGAAUUAAUAAUAGUAUAUAUAUAUAUAUAUAUAUAUAUAUAUAUAUAUAUAUAUAUAUAUAUAUAUAUAUAAUCGCAAUUACUGCUUGCGCAGGAUCAAAGAGUAUUUUUAACCCUUAUGCUAAAGUAAGUACUCCAUAUUCUAGUAUGAUUUUUCUUUGGCUGUUGUUCGUCAUGUGACCCAUUGUCAGAAAGCAAGCAGCAGGGUCUAAACGAUCAAUUCAGAUGUUUAAUGGCACUAAGUGCUGCGCUACACAACUUUCUGAGCAGGUCCUGGGUGGUGCUGAAUUAUUUCAAACCUAUUAAAAUGUUGUUUUAUAUUGUAAGUUAUUUAAAUGUAAUACUGGCCCCUCUGUUCCCCAGGUUAGGGGGUCUAAUGUUAUAAACAUGUUCAUUUAACACAGAAAUGUUUUCUUGUUAAUAGAAAUGCAGCUUAUAUAGAUUUGUAUGAAAUCAAAUUGGCAUUUUUGUCAACAUAAUGGUACACACAUCUUUCGUACUCCCUGCUGAAACUUUGUGCUGCUGUCUAAACCUGUCCCGUUAUCCGUUCCGAAAUUCAACAUGAUAAUAACCUGCAAGAGGCUUCUUAAUGCUUACUCAAAAUGGUAUUAAUUGAUGAAAAUUUACACAGUGCUGUACAUUUUUUAACACAUUUAGUAUGUUGUUUUUUCUGUGGAUAUGGGGAUAGCUUUGUGAAAUAGUUAAAACUGUUUAAACUAUAAUAUAAUCUAAACUAUUGCUUUGUACAAAAAAACCCUUUGAACGUGCCCACUCUAGAUGUAUACUUUGUAAAAAUAAAAACAAAAACCAGAUGAAUCCAGGGCUGUGUAUUGUAAUGUGUGUACGUGAUAUAACUUGUAAAAAAUUAUUAAAUUCAUUAUUUUUUC